AGCACCUCGCAGGUCCGGCGGGCGGGGCGCUCAGGGGCGCGGCCCUGGGACCCCGCCCCGCGGAGGACUCUCGGGAGCGCGGGCGGCGGGCGCACUGUACCGACUCACCGACAGCCGGGAGCGCAGCGGUCCUUUGCAGGCGCCGCGGGUUCGGAGAGCGGUCUCAGCUGCUGCGGCAGACUCGUGUUUCCAGGGCACUGAGGAAAACCCGUCAGGAACCGAAGAUGCCGAAACCAAUCAACGUCCGAGUUACCACCAUGGAUGCGGAGCUGGAGUUCGCCAUCCAGCCAAAUACAACAGGAAAACAGCUUUUUGAUCAGGUGGUUAAGACCAUCGGCCUUCGGGAAGUGUGGUACUUUGGCCUCCAGUAUGUGGAUAAUAAAGGAUUUCCUACCUGGUUGAAACUUGAUAAAAAGGUGUCAGCACAGGAGGUGAGAAAGGAGAAUCCUCUCCAGUUCAAGUUCCGGGCCAAGUUCUACCCCGAAGAUGUGUCUGAGGAGCUCAUCCAGGACAUCACACAGAAGCUUUUCUUCCUCCAAGUGAAGGAGGGAAUUCUCAGCGAUGAGAUUUACUGCCCUCCUGAGACAGCAGUGCUCCUGGGCUCCUAUGCAGUGCAGGCCAAAUUUGGAGACUAUAAUAAAGAAACACAUAAGUCUGGGUACCUCAGCUCUGAGCGGCUGAUCCCACAAAGAGUCAUGGACCAGCACAAGCUCACCAGGGACCAGUGGGAGGACCGGAUCCAGGUGUGGCAUGCCGAGCACCACGGGAUGCUCAAAGACAGUGCCAUGCUGGAGUAUCUGAAGAUUGCUCAGGACCUGGAAAUGUAUGGAAUCAACUAUUUUGAGAUAAAAAAUAAGAAAGGAACAGACCUUUGGCUGGGAGUUGAUGCCCUCGGACUAAAUAUUUAUGAGAAAGAUGAUAAGUUGACCCCAAAGAUUGGCUUUCCAUGGAGUGAAAUCAGGAACAUCUCUUUCAAUGACAAAAAGUUUGUCAUUAAGCCCAUCGACAAGAAGGCGCCUGACUUUGUGUUCUACGCCCCCCGCCUGCGCAUUAACAAGCGGAUCCUCCAGCUCUGCAUGGGGAACCACGAGCUGUACAUGCGUCGCAGGAAGCCCGACACCAUCGAGGUGCAGCAGAUGAAGGCCCAGGCCCGGGAGGAGAAGCACCAGAAGCAGCUGGAGCGACAGCAGCUGGAAACUGAGAAGAAGAGGAGAGAGACUGUGGAGAGAGAGAAGGAGCAGAUGAUGCGGGAGAAGGAGGAGCUCAUGCUCAGGCUGCAGGACUACGAGCAGAAAACCAAGAAGGCAGAGAAAGAACUGUCAGACCAGAUUCAGAGAGCCCUGCAGCUGGAGGAGGAGAGGAAGCGUGCCCAGGAGGAGGCCGAGCGCCUGGAGGCUGACCGCGUGGCCGCUCUGCGGGCCAAGGAGGAGCUGGAGAGGCAGGCAGCAGAUCAGAUAAAGAGCCAGGAGCAGCUGGCCGCAGAGCUGGCAGAGUACACCGCCAAGAUCGCCCUCUUGGAGGAGGCACGGCGGCGCAAGGAGGACGAGGUCGAGGAGUGGCAGCACAGGGCCAAAGAAGCCCAAGAUGACCUGGUGAAGACCAAGGAGGAGCUGCACCUGGUGAUGACAGCCCCGCCGCCGCCCCCACCCCCAGUCUAUGAGCCAGUGAGCUACCACGUGCAGGACAAUCUGCAGGACGAGGGCACGGAGUACACAGGCUAUAGCGCCGAACUGUCCAGCGAGGGCAUCCUGGAUGACCGCAACGAGGAGAAGCGCAUCACCGAGGCGGAGAAGAAUGAGCGGGUGCAGCGGCAGCUGAUGACCCUGACGAGUGAGCUGUCCCAGGCCCGAGACGAGAACAAGAGGACCCACAAUGACAUCAUCCACAACGAGAACAUGCGGCAAGGCCGGGACAAGUACAAGACCCUGCGGCAGAUCCGGCAGGGCAACACCAAGCAGCGGAUCGACGAGUUUGAGGCCAUGUGAGGCCUGGCCAGGACUGGGGCGGGGGCGGGGCCUCACGGCUGAGCUUGCGGAAGGUCGCGGUCAGACUGUGAAGCUGGUGUUCGUAGUGCUUUGAAUCUAGGACCCCCCCGUCCCCUCAUCGUAUUCCAGUUCCUUUAAAAAGAGAGUAGUUACUUCAGUGGGAAUAUUCUAAGGCUGGGGUCAGUGGACACUUCCCUGGUUUAUUUUUCCCCGUUGUAUCAUAGUGCCAAACAGGCCUGAUUCUAUUACCGCUGUUGUUGAAUCACUUCCUGUUCCGUGUUUGCAGCGGGACUGACUGAAUUAAGGAAAGAUGCCUGUAAAGUGUGAGUAACAAACUCCCUGCUGUGGUGUGUGAGACAAGGUUCGGUGUAAUUAAAACCACGUGGUGGCUUAGA